AUGUUUAGUUGGUUAAAGAGUAGUGAAGCUAAAGAACCUGAGGUGUUCAACUCAGUCGUCGAUGGAUUGAAAAAAAUUUACAGGCAUACCAUUCGCCCUUUAGAAGAUGCAUAUAAAUUUCACGAAUUUCAUUCACCUCCAAUGGAAGACCCUGAUUUUUUUGCCAAACCAAUGAUAUUAUUGAUUGGUCAAUAUUCAACUGGUAAGACCACAUUUAUACGAUAUCUACUAGAACGAGAAUUUCCUGGUAUGAGAAUCGGACCCGAACCAACAACUGAUUGUUUCGCUGCUGUCAUGCACGGAGAAACGGAGAAAGUCAUUCCUGGUAAUGCUUUAGUAGUUGAUCCAGCUAAGCAAUUUCGUGGCCUGUCGCGUUUUGGCAAUGCAUUCUUGCAACGAUUUUGUGCAUCUGAAGUGAAUAGCAAUGUCCUAGAUCAUAUCACCAUUAUUGAUUCACCUGGUAUUCUAUCUGGCGAGAAGCAACGCGUAUCACGCGGUUAUAGUUUCACUGGGGUUAUCGAGUGGUUUGCUGAAAGAGUAGAUAGGAUCAUUUUAUUGUUUGAUGCCCAUAAAUUGGAUAUUUCUGACGAAUUUCGCUCUGCUAUCAAAUGCUUAAGGGGCAAUGAUGACAAAAUUCGCAUUGUGUUGAAUAAAGCAGAUAUGAUUGAUGCUCAACAGUUAAUGAGAGUUUAUGGUGCUCUAAUGUGGUCGCUUGGAAAAGUUUUAGGCACACCUGAAGUUGCUCGUGUUUACAUUGGAUCCUUUUGGGAUCAACCUUUACGUUAUGACGACAAUAGAAAGCUUUUUGAAGUAGAACAACGCGAUUUAUUUGAAGAUAUUAGGAAAUUGCCACGUAACGCAGCAUUACGAAAGCUGAACGACUUAGUAAAAAGGGCGCGACUUGCUAAGGUCCACGCACUUGUUAUUUCAACUCUAAAGAAGGAAAUGCCCUCUAUGUUUUAUAAAGACUCUAAAAAGAUGAGUUUGAUUGAUAAUUUGGAACAAAUUUACGAUCGAAUAAGCUCUGAACAUAGUGUAUCUCCCGGAGAUUUUCCUCCAUUAGCGAUGAUGCAAGAGAAAUUGAGAAAAUAUGAUUUUAGCAAAUUUUCAUCCUUAAAACAAAAAAUGAUUGACGAAUUGGAUAGAGUUAUGGGUAAUGAAAUUCCUAAAUUAAUGUGCAUGGUUCCUGAAGAGGAGAAAAUGGAAGGCGAUACCACUGUUACUGGUGGAGCAUUUUCCGCAACUGACAAUGCUCCGUUUAACCAGAAUAAAGCCUUAGGAGCUGAUGAAGGUGGAGAAACAGAUUGGGUUAUAUUUGAGAAAAAGGAAGAAAAAUAUGACGACAUAUUCCGUAAACUCAAGCCUAAGAAUGGUAAGCUCAGCGGAGAGCAGGUGAAGACUGAAAUGACCAAAUCGAAACUUCCCAACUCUGUCUUGGCUCGUAUUUGGAAACUAUCAGAUCUUGAUGGUGACGGCUAUCUAGAUGAAGAUGAAUUUGCAGUAGCAAUGUAUUUAAUUGAGUAUAAGUUAGAAGGUCAAGACUUACCAUCCGAAUUACCUGUUGGUGUAAUCCCACCAUCUAAGCGUAAAGGUGAUCAGGGUGGUAAUCCAUUCUAA